AUGCCGGAGUAUACAUUACUGGCCGAUAAUAUAAGGGAGAAUAUAGCCCAUUUCGACCCGAAUGAUUUAUUCGAAAACUUGCAUACCAUUGUCCAUGAAGAUGACGACCAUGAAAACGAGGAGGCAGAACAUUUCAAUUAUGAUCAGGUGUUGGAUAAAUCUUUAUUGUCAAGAAGUUCUAUUGUCGGUCUCGGUUUAGGUUUAAUGAGUCCGGUGCUAGGGAUGUGCACGAGUAUGGCCAUUGGACUAAUUAAUGGUGGCCCAUUAACUAUAAUGCUAGGAUUUUUAAUCAGUGGCAUGUGUACAUGGUUUUCUUCACUUUCACUGGGGGAGAUUGUGUCCAAAUUUCCGAUGGAACUGCACGUUGGUAGUGCCAUGUUGGCGCCAAAAAAUCUAAAAUUGGUAUGUUCAUGGUACACUGGGUGGCUAAUGCUCAUAGGUAAUUGGACAAUGAGCACUAGUAUUACCUUUGCAGGUGCUCAAUUAACUAUAUCUUUGAUUUUGAUGACAAACUCGGACCUGAUAUCCGAGGCACAUUUGAUAUUUUACACUGUCAUUGUAUUUUAUUUGGUGGUGACUGUUGUAGGUCUCGUGAAUUUGAAGUUUGCAAGAUUCAUCGAAACAAUAAACAAAGUCUGCGUUUAUUGGAUCGUAUACGCCAUUAUAUUUAUCGAUAUUCUUUUACUAAUAUUUCACAAAGGUAAGUUCAGAUCCCUGAAGUACGCACUUUUUCACUUUGACAAUAAUCUUUCAGGAUACAAAAGCGCAUUUCUUUCUUUCAUAAUUGGAUUCCAACAAUCAAAUUUCACGCUACAGGGCUUCAGUAUGCUGCCUGCCCUAGCAGAUGAAGUCAAGGUUCCUGAAAGGGAUAUUCCUCGUGGUAUGUCAAAUGCGGUAUUAUUAUCUGCAUUUUCCGGAGUAAUUUUCCUUAUACCAAUAAUGUUAAUCCUUCCCGAUAAUGAUGCACUUUUCACAAAUCAUAAAGUUCUUCCAAUUGUGAACAUUUUUACGAAAUCAACGGAUUCGGUGGUUCUAUCAUUUUUUUUAGUCCUCUUAAUUUUAGGGAAUUUAUUGUUUUCUGGAAUUGGCUCAAUAACGACAUCUUCUCGUGCCGUUUAUAGUUUCAGCCGUGACCACGCUAUACCUCAUUAUGGUAGAUGGACUUAUGUGGAACCAGAUUCUCAAUCAAAAGUCCCCAAGAAUUCUGUCAUAUUGAGUAUGAUAAUUUCAUACUUCCUAGGACUACUAGCAUUGAUUUCAACAGCCGCUUUUAAUGCUUUUAUAGGGGCUGCUGUAUUAUGCCUAUGUUCUGCAACUUUCAUCCCAUUGGUCUUGGUGUUGCUCACGAGAAGAAGAGCUAUUCGUAGUGCGCCUGUGAAAAUUAGGUAUAAAUUUGGUUGGUUCAUCAAUAUUGUUUCCAUUGCGUGGGUAUUGUUAUCUAUGGUUUCUGUUUGUCUACCAACGCAAGUGCCCGUAACUUUUAAGACAAUGAAUUAUGCUCUGAUGGUGUAUGUUUUUUGUAUCUUGGUUAUUACUGGUCUUUAUUUUAAAUGGGGGAAGUACAAUUUUAGAUUGCCUUUGGCGGAUGACAUCAAGGCUCCAAUUCCCAGUGAUCCAGAAGAAACUGUUUUUGAACUAGAAAAUAGCAACGUUGAGCAUACUCUGAGCUCUGAAGCUACAGUGAAAGGAUCCGUACGAGACAAAUCAGAAGAAGGCCGUAUGAAGCCCGAGGGUAGUUUUGGAAAUCCCUUUGAAGAAACUGAAGAAAAUGUGAUAACCGAUAAUAGUGAGGAACGCUAUACACAGGAAUUAGAAUUUGAUCUUGCUGAUGAUCGUAGGCAGGAUAUAUGA